GCGGCCGACCCCGUCUCGGCGCCUCCCCCCGCCGCGGCUUCUCCGCCGGGCUUGCUGCUCCUGCCUUCGCCGGCGGCUUCUUGCCCCGCCGCUGCGGGCUGGCUCGAGAGGAGCACCAACGGCUGCGGCUACUGGGACAGCAACUGGGACAGGAGAGAACCAGCCGCUCUUAUUAAUCUGAAGAAGAAGAAUGAAGAGACUGGGGAACGGGAGCUCUCAUCUCGCCUAGACCGUUACAAAGCAAAAGCUACCAGGCACAUAUUCCUCAUACGCCACUCUCAGUACAACUUGGAUGGGCAAGCGGAUAAAGACAGAACUCUGACUCAGUUGGGCUGCGAGCAAGCUGAGUUGACAGGAAAAAGGCUAGCAAGUUUGGGACUGAAAUUUGAUAAAAUCGUACACUCCUCUAUGACCAGAGCAUCUGAAACAACCAACAUCAUCAGCAAGCAUCUUCCUGGGGUGAAGAAGGUGAGCACCGACCUGCUGUGUGAGGGAUCUCCUAUUGAGCCAAACCCUCCCAUCUCUCACUGGAAGCCAGAAGCUGUGCAGUAUUAUGAAGACGGGGCUCGCAUUGAAGCUGCGUUUCGAAACUACAUUCACAGAGCUGACGUGAAGCAAGAAGAGGAUAGCUAUGAAAUCUUCGUCUGUCACGCCAAUGUCAUCCGCUAUAUAGUAUGCAGAGCAUUACAGUUUCCUCCUGAGGGCUGGCUUCGGAUGUCUCUCAACAACGGCAGCAUCACUCACUUGGUGAUCCGUCCUAGUGGCAGAGUGGCACUGCGAAUGCUCGGGGACACGGGGUUUAUGCCCCCAGAGAAAAUCACACGCACCUGAGCAAGCAACACGAUGGUCUUUCUGGAGCCACUCGGGGACUCUCUCUGUGCGCGUGUCCAGCUGUGGUACAAAACUGUGGCUCGGUAGGAUAUUGAGUUUCCAAACUCUGCUUAACAAAAAGCUACCCCCUGCCACACUUCUGUGUCAGCAGGGGAGGCCUUCCCACACAGAAAAGGGCACACGCGGAGACACGACACUGCCAGCACAUUCCACCAAGCGCUCCUGUGCAUCUUCUGCGUGGCUUGCUGGACUCUCCUGUUCCAUUGAAGUGAAUGGAGCCACUGCACCACCACUUAAUGGAAUGAAGAGAUGGAAAGACAGGAAUCUACCUACUUAGCAGCUGACAUGAGAGUAAUCCUUGCCCUGCUGCAAUGGGAAAACUCCUCUGGCUUCUAACCAAAGCUUAUUACUGUGCACAGAGGAUUCUUUCUCCCUCUGCUGGGAGACUUGAGUAUCCAUCAGUAAAUUAGAAACUGUCAUGGUGUCUUAAGUAAAUACUAUGGCUGGACCGAUGGGAGGGGGAGUGGUGUUAUUUCCAAACAUAGCUGAACUUUCAAUAGUUUUAGGACUUGUGGGCUGUUGCUCUCUUUGACUCUUCCUGAACCUGUCCGCUGCAUCUGGUAAGAAUAUUAUGAAAGAAAAGGCACUAAGAAUUCUGGGCAGCGGUGUCUCAUCUCUCCUCAUGUAAACUGCAUGGUAUCUGGGAAGAUGGGUUCACUCUUUGGCAAUGUUCUGGGUAAAGGUGAUCAAAGACAGAACAACACUGCUCUUUCCUCCCUCAUCCCCACAACUGAAACAUGCACUCCUUCACAGCUAGGCUAAUCGCUUACAUUAGGCCAUGCCCAAAGUCCUGUGCCAUUAACAACUACCGUGGCUGACUACCUGCAUUGUUUUGUCACCAUAUAACUUAGGUUAGAGAGCACACCUGAGGCCACUUGGUGCUAUUGUACUAAACUAAAAAAAUAAUUAAGUGAGCCUCUUCGUCCUAAAGAGCACAACCCAGCAUACUUCUGAACCAGACCUGAGGCAGGUGAAGCAGUUCUUGGGGAAACUCCUUGCCUAGCAACUUGGUGUGCACUUAGGACUGUGGCGUGGAACCAGGCUGAGGUGGUUGGUGGUGGGGAGAUUCUUCUGUACUUGUAAAAAAUGGUGGCGGUCUGUCUUUGAUCAAUGCAAAAAUAAUUUUAAGUUAUUCUUAACUUUGUGAAAU